GCGAAUCCAGCAGCAACAGUGAUUUGCGCGUGCGCUACGAAAUAUGGCGGUGUUCUUGCGUUGAUGCCUGAUGGCUCCUUAACUAUGGCCUGAACCCUGGAGUGCUUCAGCCCAUGGCGGCUGUGACAUGGCCACUCGUUUUGGCAGCGAGCACGCCAUCCACGCCGACCCCGACCAACAACGUAUCUUCUUCUCCAGGUCCAGCUUGUAUGCCGUCAUCGGCAUGCUUACCGUGGCCGUGCUCUUCUGCGCGGCCGUGCUUGCUUACACGCUGCGGAGAAAUGAUCUUGUCAAGAAGGAAUACUUCAAUAUCCUGUCUGCCAUUUCCCACAAGGUGACUAUUGCCCAGGAACGCGCCACGCCAACUACUGUUGACACCACGACAGUUUCGUUUGGCCCCGCUGCUACCAAGAAAGAGAGCACCGUCCUUCCAGUGGUAGUACUGGCACUGACGCGAAAGCCCCUCACCAAUAUCUCGAGCCUGCGGGGGAAGACGGUGUCUGCGCGUUCUUCCACGACUAAGGCUGUGAUGCAAGCACAGAGGUCGGGUGUGACCACUGAGGACCCCUUGUACUACGACGACUUGGACGUAAUGCCCAAGUCGGGAACGAGCCGUCGUGUGGAACAUCUCAACUACAGCGGAUCCAUCAGUUUCGCGAAUACCGGCUCUACCGGGGUCACUGGCGCGUUAACGGGUACAGUUCACGCAAGAGGCCCGACAUCACCAGAUAACAAUCUCCUUAGGGAAACUGUAACGCAGAGACGCAAGAGUAGUGCAGACGUGGUCUCCACAUCAUCAAUCAGGCGUCAUAAAUAAAUUAUUGGACGAAAUUUUC